AUGGCGGCGCUGCCGCUGCCGCCGGGGCUGCUCCGGCGGCUCCGUGAGGGGACCCCGCAGGACCCCGCCAGGGAACCCCCCCCGGAACCCCCCCGGCAGCCCCCUCAGCCCCUGCCGCCCUUCACCUUCACCCCCCGCCGCCUCCGCCUCGGCCCGCAGCACCCGCUGCUGGAGGACGGGGACGUGCACAGGCACCUCUACCUGCAGGGCGUCCUCUCCAGCCUCGAGGAUGUGGCCGAGAGACCCAAGGUGUCCGAGUUCAGCUGCCACAUCUCCGGGUGCUGCCAGGUGUUUGACACGCUGGAAGGCUACGAGCACCACUACAACGCCCUGCACAGGAACGUCUGCUCCUUCUGCAAGCGCUCCUUCCCCUCGGGGAACCUCCUGGAUAUCCACAUCCUGGAGUGGCACGACUCUCUCUUCCAGAUCAUGGCUGAGAAGCAGAACAUGUACAAGUGUUUGGUGGAAGGCUGCCCGGAGAAGUUCAAGAGCAGCAAGGACAGGAAGGAUCACUUGGUGACCGUGCACCUUUACCCUGCUGACUUUCGGUUUGACAGACCCAAGAAAGUGAAAAGUGUCCCCAAGCACACGAGCUGUCCCACGGAGCAGGGCCCCAGCGUGCCCAUGGAGGUGAGCGUGGAGACGGCGGAGCAACUCCAGCCGGACCCCAUGGAAACAGGGCCUGGCGAGGACAUGGAGAUCCCUCAGCCUGCAGCCAGCCCUGUCCCCUUGCUGCCAGAGAAACGGCUCUACAAGUCCAGGAUCCCAUCCACAAUUUGCUUUGGACAAGGUGCCACCCGAGGAUUUAAAGGACCAAGGAAGAAAGUCUGAAGGUCAGUGCAGCAGAUUUGUGCGGGAUGAGCAGAUGUGGGGCCGGUGCCGCCCACGCCAUGGCUGAGCAGGGAUACUUCCAGUUCCCACUCCUCGCUGGGAAUAAGCCACCCAAACCAAUUAAAGCUCCACCAGCACUUGAACACGGGUUUGUGAUGUCAGAUGGAAUCGGACCAACCUGACUGAGUUAAGAAUCCUCAAGAUUUUAGGAAGGGGAGCCCAGAAUGCGUGGCGAGGUGUUAAGGAAACCCUCCUGAAGCUGAGGCUGCACAGGAUUGGGUGUUUUAUUUUUGUGCCUUUUGGAGCCAAAAACCAGAUUCAAGGAAAUUCCAAGACAAAAUCUGCUGACUGUGUUCUGGAAGCUGUG